CAUCUUUGUCCCCUUAAACAAACUCUUCACAAAAACAAAAAUAGCACAAUGGAUUACAAUAGGCUCGGACCAUCAGGUUCGGUAACACACCCGAACCAGAAAGACCCUGCCACGUCACUCCCGGAGAUACAGAAGAAAACUAAGACUAAGCUGAUUCUCUUCACUUUAGCACUACUAAUUGUCGCAGUGGUCUGCUUCGGUAUCUUUGCCGGCAUCCGAGCCGGAGGUUCGGAUAAACACGAACCGAAACUAACCCGUAAACCGACCCGGGAAAUUUCCCGAACCUGUAGCAAAGCCCAAUACCCGAACCUCUGCAUCGACACGCUCCUAGACUUUCCGGGAUCUUUAACCGCCGACGAGCAAGAGCUAAUCCACAUCUCCUUCAACGCGACGCUUCAGAGUUUCAGCAAAGCGCUUUACUCGUCGUCGACGAUCUCCUACACUCAUAUGCCGCCACGUGUACGGUCAGCUUACGAUUCCUGCCUCGAGCUGCUCGAUGACUCAGUAGACGCGCUCUCACGCGCUCUCUCCUCCGUCUCCUCCAGUAACGAUGAGUCUCGUUCCGACGUGAUGACGUGGCUUAGCUCCGCGAUGACCAACCACGACACGUGUACGGACGGAUUCGAAGAGAUUGAAGACGGAGGAGGAGGAGGAGUGAAGGAUCAAAUCAUCGGAGCGGUGAAGGACUUGUCGGAGAUGGUGAGCAAUUGCUUGGCGAUAUUCUCCGGCAACGUCAAGGAUUUGACCGGAGUUCCGGUGGUGAACAAUAGGAGGUUGCUUGGGGAAAAAGAAACAACAGAGGAGUUUCCGAUUUGGUUGAAGAGAAGAGACAGAGAGCUUCUCGGUACUCCGGCGACGGCGAUUCAAGCGGAUAUCACGGUGUCUAAAGACGGUACCGGAACAUUCAAAACAAUCGCUGAGGCGAUCAAGAAAGCGCCGGAGCAUAGUAGCCGUCGGUUCGUCAUCUACGUCAAAUCAGGAAGGUACGAAGAAGAGAAUCUUAAGGUUGGGAGGAAGAAAACAAACUUAAUGUUCAUCGGAGACGGCAAGGGUAAAACGGUCAUAACCGGUGGAAAAAGCAUCACCGAUGAUUUAACUACUUUUCACACCGCCACUUUCGCUGCGACGGGAGCUGGAUUUAUAGUGAGAGACAUGACGUUUGAGAACUACGCCGGACCGGCUAAGCACCAGGCGGUGGCGCUCCGAGUCGGCGGAGACCACGCGGUGGUUUACCGUUGCAAUAUCAUCGGUUACCAAGACGCGCUCUACGUACAUUCAAACCGACAGUUUUUCCGCGAGUGCGAUAUUUACGGAACGGUAGAUUUCAUUUUCGGUAAUGCAGCUGUGAUUUUACAAAGCUGUAACAUCUACGCGCGUAAACCAAUGGCUCAGCAGAAAAUCACUAUCACGGCUCAAAACCGGAAAGACCCGAACCAAAACACCGGGAUUUCGAUCCACGCCUGUAAGCUACUGGCCACGGCGGAUCUCGAAGCCUCGAGAGGUAGUUUUCCGACGUAUCUUGGUCGUCCGUGGAAGUUAUACUCUAGAGUUGUGUACAUGAUGUCUGAUAUGGGCGACCAUAUUGACCCUAGAGGAUGGUUGGAGUGGAACGGUCCGUUUGCUUUGGACACGUUGUAUUACGGUGAGUAUAUGAACCGAGGGGCCGGUUCAGGUACUGGUCAACGAGUCAAGUGGCCCGGUUAUCGUGUUAUUACCUCGACGGUCGAGGCUAGCAAGUUUACGGUGGCUCAGUUCAUUGCCGGUUCAGCGUGGUUACCGUCUACCGGCGUGGCUUUCUUCUCCGGUUUGUCACAAUAGGCUAUCUCAGCCUUGUAUGUAACUUUAGAUGAAUGAUUUUUAUAUACAAAACUUAAGAUUUAUGUAAAACAUAGUCCACAAGCCAUUUUUAAGUGUACUUAUCAUAUAUGACAGAACAUCUUCUUGAAUGAAAUAAAAAUUGUUUUUUCCUGA